ACUCUCCUCAUUCUGUCUCUCUUCCUUUUUCCCCAUUCUGUCCAUUCCUGUACGCACUUGCAUCCCUAUCCUCCUCAUCCCCUCUCCUUCUACCCAUUUUUCGCUUUCUCUUCCCCACUGUGGUCACGGGGGUUCAAGCGGUCACUCAAACAGACGGAAACAAGCUUGUGCCUCCGCUUGUUUCUCAGUUUUGCUCCACCGUUGCACUCCACUACCCUCCUCCUCCUCCCCGGCGCGGUGUGUGAUGGUGUGUCCCCUCCUCUCUGUCCUGGAGACAUGCCUGUGCAGGAGAUGGCGGUGAGUCCUGUUAAGUCCCUGUACUGGGAGCAGUUCCCCCCCAUGUCGCAGCGCCGCGUCUACUGCACUCCCGUCUACCACGAAGGCCUGCUCUACGUGCUUGGGGGCUGCAGCGAGACUGGCAUGCCUCUGGACAGCGUCGAGGUCCUGGAUGUAGAGAGCCAGACGUGGAGCCAGCUGCCGCCGCUGCCUACUGCGCGAGCAGGAGCCUCGGCUGUGGCGUUGGGAGGACAGGUGAUGGUGCUUGGGGGAAUGAACCAACAACAGACCCCCCUGGCAUCUGUGGAGAUGUACCACCCGGAUGAGGGCAAAUGGGAGACGAAGUCCAGCCUGGGUCAGCCAUCCAUGGGAGUCACUACCAUUGAGAAAGAUGGAAAGGUGUAUGCGUUGGGAGGUAUGGGAGCCGACACAACGCCGCAGGCCCUGGUGAGAGUUUAUGAGGCGGAGAAGGACCAGUGGCAGCCAAUGACCUCCAUGCCCACGCCGCGGUACGGAGCCACGCCCUUCGUAAGAGGAAACAAAAUCUACAUGAUGGGUGGCCGUCAGGGAAAGAUGCCAGUGACGGCGCUUGAGGCUUUUGACCUGGAGAUGAAGAGCUGGACACGUUACCCCUGCAUCCCAAGCCGAAGGGCCUUUUCCUGCUGCGCCACAAAUGAGCGAAGCCUUUUCAGCCUGGGGGGCCUUCAGCAACCAGGGCCACAUAACUUCUACUCCAGACCUCACUUUGUCAGUACCAUGGAGGAGUACGAUUUGGAUCAAGGUAUCUGGAUCAAACCCAGCCGAACAUCCAGGAUGAGGGAGAAGAGGGCCGACUUUGUGGCGGGAUGCCUGGGAGGAAGGGUGAUCGCAGCUGGUGGUCUAGGUAAUGAACCAUCACCAUUGGGUACGGUGGAGAGCUACAACCCGGUGAAGCGGCGCUGGGAGUAUGUGGCGCCUAUGCCAACUGCACGCUGCUCCUCAUCCCUCCUGCAGACAAGCAGCAUGCUCUUUGUGAUUGGCGGAGUUGCCCAGGGACCCAGUAACGCUGUGGAAGCCCUCUGCUUACCGGAAACAGUGUGAGACAUGCACACACGCUAUCACACACACUAGGGGGUGCA